UCGGACACUGGUAGAAUGUGUCAUAUAAAACAUCUUUUACUCUUAGUGCUGUUGAGAAAAUUGACAUCUAAAGCAUCAAUCAAGUUUUUUCCCAUCUACUUCCACUACUCUAUAAUUACCAACAAAAUGGAUAACUCAGAAAACAAGGAAAAUUUUACUUGUGAAAUGGAAUAUUUAAAGGCUAUUCAAUACAUUAUACACAAUGGCAAGUUGCGGUCCAAUCGCACUGGAACAGAUACCAUGUCCGUCUUUGGUAUGCAGAUGCGUUAUGAUAUUAGAGAGUCCUUCCCUCUAUUCACAACCAAACGCGUAUUUUGGCGAGGAAUUGUUGAAGAAAUGUUGUGGUUUAUUCAAGCCUGCACCAACAGCAAUAAACUAGCUGAUAAAAAUAUCCAUAUUUGGGAUGCCAAUGGUUCCCGAGACUUCCUUGACAAGUUAGGUUUUUAUGAAAGAGAGACAGGUAAUUAGUUUGAAUGAUUUUCU